CUCCAGCAGGACAUGUCCAACAUCUCCGAGAGCAACACGACGGCCGCGGUCGACUGGUCUGAGGUGUAUGAAGCCGUCAGGUGCGUCCAGCUGGUCACGGCUCUGCUCAGUGUUCUGGGCUCGGGCUCCGUCAUCGUCUGUGUGAUGUCACAGAGACUCAGCCGGAGGCCGGAGCUUCAGCCUCUUCUCCUGCUCGGCGUGUCCGACCUGCUGCUCGCCCUCUGCUGGCUGAUCGGAGCCGCUGCGUUCUCCGAGCGCUGCAGCGGCCUCAACACACACUGCUACAACCUGCACACUGUGGAGCAGGUGCUCUACAUGUCCUCGUUCUUCUACACACUGAACUACAUGUGGAACCUCUACAGAGGAGUGAGAGAGAAGCUCUACAGCUGCCUGGAGGGAUACUCUGUACAGUUCUCCAACAGAGUGAGAACAGCUGAUCAAACCACGGCUCUGCUCUCAGGGCUGCUCCCUCUGCUGCUCAUGACGCCCGUCUUCAUUCAGGGAAACCUCAGCCAAUGUCAGACCAACUUCAGUGAGCCGUACAGGUGUCUGCUGAUGGACACUGGAGCGCUGUACCUGACCUCAGAGCUCCAGCAGCCAAUCAGAGCCUGCCGCCUGCUGCACACCUACGCCAUCGCCGUCUUCCUCAUCACCUUCGUCCUCACGCUCCUCAUCAUCACCGUCGUCAUGGUGAAAGCGCGUCGCCUCUACAGGCGGGUUGUGGCCUCCAGCGGUUACCUAGGCAGCGAGCAGCGGACCUCUUUCCGUGUGAUGGACAGACGGACGCUGCUCCACCCACUCGUCUUCGUCCUCUGCUGGGGACCAGCCGUGGCCCUGGCCUUCCUGCGGCUGGUGAAGCCGUCAGCGUCUCGGGGAGAAUCCGCGGCCGUCCUCUACGUCUCACAGACCUUCACCUCGGCCUCGCAGGGUUUCCUCAACUGUCUGGUCUACGGCUGGAUGCACACGAGCCUUCGCCGCGCCGGCAGGUCCAUUCUGUCUCGGGACGUGGACACUCAGACGCCUCUGCUGUCCUCACAGAAGAAGAAAAACUACCUGGCACUGCCCAACAUCAGCUGAGAGAGACAGACAGCGAGGGACAAACUGUCACUACACCUGCAGUAAAGACACCAGAGGAAAGUCUGAACUUUCACUUUCCACUGAGGGAAACCCCAGAGGACACGAGGCGUCCACCUGCCAUGUGGAACCUCUGAAAAGAGGAAGAAGAAGAACCGGGGGGGUUUACCUCAAGAGGAAGAAGGACAGAAACAGGAUUUGAAAGAGACAGACGGCUGCCUCCUUAUAUUGGUUUGCUCCAGGUCAUGUGACACCUGCUGCUCAGCGUCAGUACGACAACAUGAAUCUUCAGUUUGUGAACAGAAGCAGAAAACAUCAUAUUUUAAUGAGUUUAGUCUGAAAACAUAUAAAAACAUCUUGAGUUCAUCAGAUGUAGAAACUUUGACUUUCUGGCUUUUCAAAUUAAAAGUCUUCAGCGGUGUGAGGAGUUCGUAGCAGAAUGUUCUGAUGAAGGUCAAAGGUCACAGUGGAGAGAGAGAGAGAGAGGGGGGGGGGGAUGGAUGGAUGGAGAGAGAGAGAUAGAUGGAUAGAGAGAGAUAGAUAGAUAGAUAGAUGGAUAUAUAUAUAUAGAGAGAGAGAGAUAGAUAGAUGGAUAGAUGGAUGAUAGAGAGAUAGAUAGAUAGAUGGAUACAUAUAGAGAGAGAUAGAAAUAUGGAUAGAUAGAGAGAGAGAGAUAGAUAGAUAGAUGGAUGGAUAGAUAGAGAGAUGGAUAGAGAGAGAGAGAGAGAUAGAUAGAUGGAUAGAAGGAGACAGAGAUAAAUAGAUGGAUAAAUAGGGAGAGAGAGAGAGAGAGAGAUAUGGAUAGAUGGAGAGAUAGAUAGAUGGAUGGAUAGAAGGAGAGAUAGAUAGAUAGGUGGAUGGAUAGAUAGACAGAUAGAUAGAUAGAUGAUAAAGAGAGAGAUAGAUAGAUAGAUAGAUGGAUGGAUAGAUAGAGAGAUAGAUAGAUAGAUAGAUAGAUAGAUAGAUAGAUAGAUGGAUGGAUGGAUGGAUGGAUAGAUAGAGAGAUAGACAGAUAGAUAGAUAGAUGAUAAAGAGAGAGAUAGAUAGAUAGAUAGAGAGAUAGAUAGAGAGAGAGAUAGAUAGAUGGAUAGAGAGAUAGAUAGAUGGAUAAAGAGAGAGAUAGAUAGAUAGAUAGAUGGAUGGAUAGAUGGAGAGAUAGAGAGAUAGAUAGAUAGAUGGAUAGAUAGCUAGAGAGAUAGAUAGAUGGAUAGAUAAAUAGAUGGACAGAUAGAUAGAUAGAUGGAUAAAGAGAGAGAUAGAUAGAGAGAUAGAUAGAUGGAUGGAUAGAUGGAGAGAGAGAUAGAUAGAUGGAUAAAGAGAGAGAUAGAUAGAUGGAUGGAUAGAUGGAGAGAUAGAUAGAUGGAGAGAUAGAGAGAUAGA